AGUAUUGAAUAUUCCUUUAUAUCAUUGUGUUAAAUGUUUAUUUCAGGUCUGUUAUUUAUCCUUGGUGUACCUAUGACAAUAAAAUUUUUGAGAAAAGCUCUUAGAAGCGGUACAUUCCAGCAGAACUAAAGUAAUCGACGAGACCAUGUAAAUGUUUAGCGGCCAAUGCAGCACAAACGAUAUCAAAACAAAAACUGGAUUUCUUGGUGAUGAAAUCUAGUAGCAACAUUGUACCAUAAGCAUACUUUGAUUGGACAUGUACAGAGUGUAAACCAGCCAGUUUUGUUGCUACUGCUGUUGUUGUUCGGUAUUGAAAUCAAAGCACUACGAAGACGGAACUGAAAUCAUGUCGAAAGCGAAAGUAUUGAAGGGUAAAAUGCCGGUUACCAUGUUGCAAGAGAUGUGUGCAAAGGCUAAAAGUACCUUGCCCAUGUACCAGUUUAUAAACGAAGAAAUUUCCCCACACGGUCCGAAUGUGAAACUGUUCACGUACCAGGUGUGCGCACUUGGUGAGGAAGCGAAUGGGGUUGGUAGAUCAAAGCAGGAGGCAAAGCACGAAGCGGCAUGGCAACUAAUACGCAAGGCGUUAGAUCUUCCGGCCGAUGAAGAAGAUGAGAUGGUUGAGUCGGCCGAAGAGCGAGGAUCGCUGGCGGCUCUAGAGCUGGGUGCGGAUCGCGUAUGUCAGGUGCGCGAUAUAUGCGUCCAGCGUAACUUCCCGCUGCCAGAGAUGGUGCUGGUGCGCAACUAUGGUCCCUCGCAUGCACCGGUUUUCGAGUACGAGUGUCGCAUCCGAGACAUUGUACGGCGUGGAGUACAUGCUACCAAGAAGGGCGCAAAGCAGAUUGCUUGCCAGGAGAUGAUUAAAACACUGCAAUCGAUGCCGGUCGAGCAAGAAAGUUUGCAAAUUUUAUCACUGGAUCAAGCUAUAGAAGAGGCGGACGACACGAACGAGAACGUAAUAAGAACAUACCGCGAGUAUACACAAUCGGACAAUAAGAAGAAGCUUGGUGUUUCUAUAGCAGACAGGCAUAUGUUUUUCCUCGAGUUGCCCCAGGAACGGAUUGACGAUGCACGCCGACUCUUGUUGGAUCCGAACGAAACAGAGCGGGAGAAGUGUUUACGGAUUGCGGCAACGCUUGGAUUGAAGUCGAAGAUUGCAGUUUCCAACCCCAAUUUGCCAAUGAUCAAGGGCAGCCACAUGAACACAUUUGAGCUGGUGAAUCCCGAUUACGACUGCUUAAUCAUCGGUGAAGGAGAAACACUUUACACCAAUGUGUGUGAAUAUUUUGUCCGAAUGUUAAACUUCAAGGCUUCUAUACUAUCGUUAUUGAAGCAAAUGUUUUCCUAUUAACUUUCUUGAUUUAGUUUCCCACAUAGAGCAAACCACAAGACACCCCCAACGAUAACCUGAUCAUUCGACUAUACUCCAGUCUCGUGCGCCAAGCAUACACGUGCCUACCCACAAUACCAAGCAGAACAAACAGACUGUUGAAAAAGUCAAAAUCAUGGUUUAACCGUACAUCGUUGGGGUCAACGAGUAGGCAACGGUAUUGCUCCGCUCCUGUCGACAAAUUCCUCUCGUAUACGGACCUUACCGGAGACUGGUUCAAGAAUCAGACGCGAUCAGAGAUAAGUGAAGAUCAUUUGGGGUGUCCCUAUGUAAGGCGGGGAGCGAAGCAGGAGAUUGCACUCUCCAAUACUGCUCGCGUGUUUACUACGCCACCUCGCUAGAAAAUGUCUUCACUAGCUGUUUCACAUGAACCCAGUCUCUCUGCUUGGAUUGAGAUGGAAAGACAGUUUUGAGCGUGUUACCUACUUUAACAUAAUUAUGAAGGUUAAAGGAAAUCAUUUUUAGAAAUUAAUAAUGCAUUGUUUCUAACGAUUUCACUUCUACUAUGUUCCAGCUGCCGUGCAAAGAAAAUAUGCUUCUGUACAACGCAAAUCUUGACGGUUGGCGCCAAGAACCAAGAUUAAUUUAUGUCGAUCCAAUGGAAGGAUUGCUUGAAAGUGGCGAUUAUACACCCGCGAAGAAGAUUCCGCGAUUAUCAUAAUGCAGAAAUAUCUCAAAGAGAUUUAAAAUUAAACAGCUCCCAUUUGGUUAACCAUGAAUAAAUGUAUGAAGAU